AUGGUGAAGUACCAAUCCGUCAUGUGCCCGAACGGCAUUGUGUGCCAGCUGGACGGGCAUUACCCAGGGAGCUACCAUGACGCGAGAAUAUUCCGAGAGAGUGGAUUGUACUCUAAGCUGGAGAAGCUCGUCAACAAUGAAGAUUUCGACAUUUACGGCGAUCCGGCAUAUCCGCUGCGACCACUCCUAAUGAAGCCAUAUGGCGGCUGCCGUAAGACGCCUGAGCAGGAAGCAUUUAACUUUAGUAUGAGCAGGGUCCGGCAAGCCGUUGAGUGGGGAUUUGGAAAGGUGGUGGCCGAAUUUGCCUUCCUCGACUUUAAAAAGAACCAGAAACUUUUAUGGCAGCAGGUAGAGGAGAUGUACAAAGUGGGCACAAUCUUCACCAACUGCCACACCAUCAUCUAUGGAAGCCAGGUGUCGACCUAUUUCGGCCUGGACCCACCUCCUCUGCGGGAGUACCUGGAGCCACACAUUGUUUAA